UUGACUGUGGACAAAAACUGCGAAAUCCAGGAGAGGGACAGCGCCCAGAAUAACUGUAAACCUUUGCUAACUGCGUGCAGCAUCGCGUCGGAAAUGAGACUCCAGACAUAUCCCCUGGGUUGGCGGAUAUUAAAACAGAGAUUCUCCCUCUGUGACCUGUGUUAUUAUAGGUAUCUUUGAUGAUCACAGAGCAGAAGAAAAAAGUCACUCACAGUGAGGGCCACAACGCAACACUCAAUGCUCCAAUCAUGCUGGAGGAGUGAGACCUCUCCUCUGCUUAGCAGCCCUGUUUGAUCCAAGAGAAACGUGCCUUGUAAGGAAGCAGGAUGUUCACGGGCUCUGCAAAACUGCCACCCACUAAAACCCCCCAGCCCGAGCGGCUGGAUGAAGUGUACGCUGCCUUACGCAGAGGCUUACAGUCAUACCUGCAGGUCCACCAGCUGGAGCUGGAGAGUCUGGGUCAGCAGAUCAGAGAAAACAAGAGGAAUGGCCGUUUGGGGUCGUUGUAUGAGCAGGAUAAGCAAGUGAAAGCCAUAGAGAGGUUUAUGCGACGCUUGGAAUUCCACCUCAGCAAGGUUGAGGAGCUGUAUGAUGCUUAUUGUAUACAGCGCCGACUACGUGACGGAGCAAGUAAGAUGGUGGCAGCCUUUAAUUCAGCCACUGGCAGUAAGGAGGCCAGAGAGAGCCUGAGUGAAGCUAACAAGGGCUAUAGGGAAUGUACAGAGCACAUGUGCUCACUUGAGAAUGAAAUAGAAAGCCAGAUGGGAGAAUUUCACGUCAAGAUGAAGGGCCUCGCAGGCUUUGCCCGGCUGUGUGCUGGUGACCAGUAUGAGGUCUUAAUGCGUUACGGGAGACAACGCUGGAGGCUAAGAGGCCGCGUUGAAGUCAGCAACAAGCAGAUAUGGGACAGUGAGGAGUACAUCUUCCUUCCUCUCAUCACAGAACUGCUGUCAAUCAAGGUGACGGAGCUGAAGAGCCUGGCCAAUCAUGUGGUGGUGGGUAGUGUUUCCUGUGAAAUGCUCGACCUCUUCUGCCCACUUCCUCAGACGCUCGCCGUGGAUAUAAACGACCUUGGGACAGUGAAGCUAAACUUGGAAGUCACCUGGAGUCCGUUUGAUAAGGAUGACCAGACGUCGUCCAGCAGUACAGUUUCCAAACGGCUGCUGUCCAAUCAGAGCCCUCCUGACACGCCUUCCAUGCGGGAGCAGGUGUUUUAUUCUCUGCUGAAGCGACAGGGAGAAAUGGAGAACGGGACAGUCUGGUCCAACUCCUCUGAAUCCUCCGAUGACUCCUCCAGUCCAGCCCUGGCUCACCAUGCUCAGAGACUCACUGCCUCUAACAUCCUGCCCACCUCUCUCACCUCUCAGCUGUCGCUAACACCGCACAAGUCCAGCGCAUCCACGCCAUCGCUCUCCUCCAACCAAGAGGAGGACGAGACGGAGAGCGGGGAGGUUUUCUCUCAGACUGACACCGUGCCAAACGGUCACCUGCAGACUCGCACCGAGCAGAGAGACUCUACCGUGACUGACAGGGCGUCUGUCCAAUCAGCUGACGCCUCUGAGACUUCAGCGGAUGUUUCCUCUGUAGCUCUUGUUUCACAGGUGGAGACAAAAAAUGCUUCUGAACGAAGCGUCCCUCAGGUGUGUGUCUCAGUGGUGGAGAUAAAGGCGGAUGAAUGUGAGGGCUCACCUCGACAGACUGGGGUAGGGGACAACAGCACUACAGCUGCAGGAGAGGGACAGCAGGAGGAAACGUCAGAGAAACACAGUGAAUCAUGCCCGUCCAACAUGGAGUCAGAACAACCAGAAGAUCCUUCAACGGUUCCUUUUCCUACUUCGGUAAGUUUCUCCCAGGAGCUGGAGACGGCCCUAGAAAGUUUCGACUUUCUCAACUGCUCUGAUCUCGAUGAAGAUGAAGAGGAAGAAGAGCAACAAAAGGAAGACAGAGAAGAAAAGGAAGAUGAAGUGCAAGAUAAAGAGGAACAACAGAGAAUGGAGGACAAGACAGCAGAGGAAGAAGAAAAAGAUGGGGAGGAUGGUAAGGAGAAAGAAGACCAACCUAAAAUGGAAAAAGAGAUAGUAGGGAAAAAAGAGGAAAAGGAGGAGAGUGAUGGGGAAGAUGAAAAGGAACAACACAAAUCAGAGGAAGAGACAGUAGAAGAAGAAAAGGACGAGAAGAAAGAUGGACUGGGGGAAGAAGAUGAGAACAUAAAAAGCGAGAAAGUGGAGGAUGAAGAAGAUGGGCAAGAUGAAAAGGACCAACACAAAAACGAGAUAGACAAAAAAGAUGAGGAGGAGGAGCUGCAAGAUCAAGAGAACCAAAAAGAAAUCAAAGAAGAGGGUGAUGAGCAACAUUCAGAGACCCCAAACAAAACUGAAGAGGAGACGUUGAAGGAAGAAGAAAAGAUGGAAGAUAAAAAGCAAGAUGAAAACAACCAGAAUGAAGCAGCAGUUGAGAAGACAGAGGAAGAAGAAGAAGAGGAAGAGUUUUACUCUGGAGGAAGCUGCGAUGAGGAGGAAGGAGGAGAACUGGAAAUCCUGAUGGAGGCCCCAGAAGGAUUUAGAAACUCAGAUGAAGAUCGUUUCUCUGAUUCACAGGAGUCAAGCGUGGAGGAUGUGCAGGACUGGUUACGUCGACUUAAUAGAUCCGAGGACUUUCAGGAGGACAUGGAGGAAAAGGGAGGUGAAGAUAAUGAGGAGGAGACAUCACAUGAUCAGGAGGAACGUCCCACUACUCCGGGACAUUUGGCCACUACUGUGUUUUAAUGUCAUGGUGGAUCCAUAGCUAAAGCGUUUCUCUCACUCUGAUCCCCAUCUCCUCUCACUCUGUGAGGCUGGAGGCCUUGAGGAUGUUCCACUUACUGCUCAGACAAACAGGCUCUCCUGUUAGGGCGGAGUUUGUGCACAUAUUUGCCUUGUUCUGACCGAGAACGAUGAACCUCGAGGUUUCUGCACCUCAGCCAUGACUCAAAGUCCCCAACCCACAAAAUAUAAUAAGCCCUCUUUGGUUCACUCCAUCACGUUGCCUGGGUUUAAGUGGGACUCCACUUUGUUUACACUUUCAUGAACUGUUUCUGUUGUGUGUGCAUUCAAUGUCCAAACCAUUUCAGGAACAGCUAAAAGCGGCCUUGUUUUUGGUUUUAUAACCGUGCAUUUAUGAUCUAAUCCCAUGAUUUGUAACAGUUUUAUAAGUUUGAGUGGAUGGUGGAGUAGGAUCAACAAAGAAACAAUCGCUGAGCUGCCCUGUAAUGUAAAAAAAAAAAAAAAAAAAAAAAAAAACUAUCAGUAUUUGUGGAUGUAAAGAACCAUGGAGGUUAUAAUUUAACAGUGUUAAAUAUGCGUUCAGCCCAGAGCUCUUCCCCUCAUGUGAGGAAAGAGUCAUUGAGCAUGUGACGUUUGAGGAUUUUUUUAUUGACGUGCAGCGGACAAGGAGCCAUUUUUAAAAACAGGAUCUUUUUAGAGAGACGUUCAAUCAGAAUAACCGAACAUGCACAAGGAGUGAAUAAGUUACAUUCAACUUUAAAAUUAACAUCAGAAAAAUAUCAGGAUGAAUGAAAACAGGUGACAGACAGUUCUCAUUCUCAUGUUUUUACAGUCAGUGUAAACCUGUAUUAAAACCUGCAUGUGUAACUGCCUCACACUGCCCGCAUAUCUGUAUAAAAGCUCAAAUCAUCAUUUCAAGCGUGUAAGCUCAGCUCCCGUGUGAGGAAGCCACCAGAUCUGUAACUGUAAAAAGAAAAAAGAUGCCUCACAGGGGCGCUAUAGUCUCAGUAUCAUGCUUUACGUUUUUUUAAAAAGCCUCCUCAUUCAGAAAGUGCCUCAGAGAUGUAAGGUUUCAAAAUGCCACGACCAGAGAGAAAAGGCAGAAGAAAACAGUGUUUAUUUUCUGAAUUACUUUAAGAGUGUGCACAAUAAGAGAUAUUUACUGUUUCAUAUAAAAAAUUGUAUAUGUCUUGAAAUGUUCAAAUGUUUAUGUUCAGAAAUGUUUAAAGUUUAUAAAGGUUUCUUUAAAACAAAGAUGAUUGCUGAUGUGUUGAAUGAAGGUGGUUUUAAACAAACAUCACAAUAAAACACAAAACUUCCAGAUAGAUUUAAUCAUUUAUAAACACUCCUAAAGUGAGCCUGGCUGUCAGAUCACAACUAAAUGUCAAAGGACUCCAAGGCACUGUUUUAAAGGAAGUACAAAUAAAGUUUGCUGGUAUGAUUAAAAAAAAAAAGCUGAUGAGUCAUGUGAGUCCACAUCUGUCUUUACUUGUCUUAUAGAUUUGUUUUAGCACGAUUUCCAAAAAGAGGAAAAUAACAAACACUUCAUUCACACCGUCAAUCCUGGUCUUUCUUCACAUCAUGAGUGCACACACUCAUUAAAAACAACAUUUAAUAAAAACAUUUUCUAAUCAGCUGAAACAAAAAAAACCAGUCACUAAAAUAAACUAAAACCAGAAUUCAGCAGAACUCUAAGAAACCUGUAAACUAAAAAAAGGAAAAAUCACCCAAACAUGUUAAACUUGAAAUACUUUAAACUUACAGUGCAAUUUGUGAAGAAAUAAAACAUGCGACGAAUGUUUCAAUAAUUAAAACUCAUCGACAUCACUCAUCACCUGGUGUUUGCAAGUUUAAGUUUACACUCAUUCAGCUUUCGGUGCAACAAGACAUGCAAGGUUAAAAUGAUGAUACAAAGACUAAAAACACAAACUCCACCUUCCAGGGAUCGUCAUCUUGUGUUUCU